UACGCUUUAACUUCAACAAAGGCACGCCAUUUCUAUUCAGUCUCAUACGCAAAGCGUGGCUCUUUAGCAUCCGCUUAAACCCCAGAAAAUUUCAUGGCUUCCGUUUCAUUAACUUUUCAUCGGACAUUUUAAACGCAAUACGAAACCUCGGUUAAAUCUCUUUGUAUGUAUGCUUUCUUUAAUGGAUUUGAGAAGGCUUUCUGUAACGAAACCUUACGCUCUUUGCAUCUCUGUCACGCGACCCUUAACUCACGUGACAUCCACCUUUCAACAGACGCAACAAGACCGCCGGUCUCAACAGCCUCCAUUGAAUACUCGUAGUAAUUCAGAUGGUUCUAAUACGAUUUUGCUGGAGGGGGUAUCUUCUAUUCUUUUAAAGCCAUCUUUGGAUCAUUCUAAAUGCAAACUUCUCUUGCCCAAUUUGUGCCCACAUGAAUUUGAUAGACUAUUUCUCGCAUUAAGAUUGAAUGUGAAUCCGAAAACGGCUUUGAAUUUCUUUUACUUUGCAUCCGAGUUCUGUAAGUUUCGUUUCACAGUUCGGUCUUAUUGUCUUUUGAUUCGUUUGCUUCUUUUUUCCAACCUUUUAUCGCCUGCGAGAUUGCUUUUGAUUCGUUUGAUUGAUAGGAAGUUGCCGGUUUUGCAUUUUAAUAAUCCCAGAGAUAGGCACAUUGAGAUAGCUGCUGAGAUGGUUGAUUUAAAUGUGGUUACUGGGCAGAACAUUGGUGUUCAAGUAGCUGAUUUGUUGGUACAUGUUUAUUGUACACAGUUUAAAAAUGUAGGCUUUAGUUAUGCCAUUGAUGUGCUUUCAACAUUUUCUAGUAAAGGUAUAUUUCCCUCUAUGAAGACUUGCAAUUUUUUGUUGAGUUCUUUGGUAAAAGCUAACGAGGUACAAAAGAGUAUUGAAAUGUUUGAAACUAUUUGUGGUCGUGUCUGUCCCGAUGUUUACUUGUUUAGUACAGCAAUAAAUGCAUUUUGCAAGGGAGGAAGAAUUGAGGAUGCAAUUGGGUUGUUUACAAAAAUGGAACAGUUGGGUAUUGCUCCAAAUGUUGUAACUUACAAUAACAUUAUUCAUGGGUUAUGUAAGAAUGGUAGAUUAGAUGAGGCAUUUCAGUACAAAGAGAAGAUGGUACUAAGGGAAUUGGAACCCAGUCUUAUAACUUACAGUAUUCUAAUUAAUGGUUUCAUUAAGUUGGAGAAAUUUGAUGAUGCAAAUUGCAUUUUGAAGGAAAUGUCAGAUAGGGGUUUUUUUCCGAAUGAAGUUGUUUAUAACACUUUGAUUGAUGGUUAUUGUAAAAAUGGAAAUAUUGGUGAGGCACUGAAUAUAAGGGAUGAUAUGGUAUCGAAGGGGAUGAGCCCCAAUUCAGUGACAUUUAACUCCCUUGUACAGGGGUUUUGUAAGAGUGGUCAAAUGGAUCAUGCAGAGAAUGUUUUAGAAGAGAUGCUAUCCAGAGGUUUAAUUGUAAACCAGGGAGCUUUUACUUCAGUCAUUCGCUGGUUAUGUGUAAGUUCUAGGUUUGAUUCUGCACUUCAUUUGGUUAAGGAGAUGUUGUUGAGAAAUUUAAGGCCUGGCGAUGGGUUGCUGUCCUCAUUGGUUGUUGGACUCUGUAAGAGUGGAAAACAUGGAGAGGCAAUUGAUCUGUGGUUUAGGCUCUCUGAAAAAGGUUUUCCAGCCAACACUAUGACCUCAAAUGCAUUAAUUCAUGGAAUUAGUGAAGCAGGUAACAUGCAAGAAGCUGUUAAAGUCCUCAAGGAGAUGCUAGCAAGGGGUUUGGUAUUGGAUAAGGACACAUAUAACACACUUAUCUUAGGCAGCUGCAAAGAGGGAAAACUGGAGGAAAGUUUUAAGCUUAAGGAAGAUAUGAUUAGUCGAGGAAUUCGGCCUGACAUAUGUACUUACAAUCUGCUACUACAUGGACUAUGGAAUGGUGGUAAAAUGGAGGAAGCUAUUAAUCUUUGGGAUGAGUGCAUAAGAAAUGGUUUUGUCCCAGACAUCUAUACAUAUGGGGUUAUGAUAGAUGGAUAUUGUAAAGCUGGUAAAACAGAGGAAGGUGAAAAUCUAUUUAAUGAACUCAUCUCUAGGAAAGUAUCACUAAAUUCUGUUGUUUAUAAUACACUGAUUGGAGCAUACUGUAAAAAUGGGAAUAUGGCAGCAGCUUUUGGACUUCUUAAUGACAUGAGAAGCAGGGGCAUCCCGCCUACUUUGGCUACUUAUUCAUCUCUAGUACAUGGAAUGUGCAAUAUUGGCCUCGUAGAAGAUGCAAAAAGUCUUUUUGGCAAAAUGAGAGAGGAAGGUUUGUUGCCAAAUGUUGUCUGUUACACUGCACUUAUAGGUGGUUAUUGUAAGCUGGGUCAGACGGAUAAAGUUGGGAAUGUCUUGCAAGAAAUGACUUCAUUUAAUAUACAUCCUAAUAAAAUUACCUACACUAUCAUGAUUGAUGGGUAUUGCAAAUUGGGUGAUAUGAAGGAAGCAGCUAAACUUCUAAAUUUGAUGGAAAAAAAGGGAAUUACACCAGAUGCCAUCACUUAUAAUGUCUUCAUGAAUGGGUAUUGCAAGGAAGGAAAAAUGGAAGAAGCUUUUAAAGUAUGUGAUGAUAUGUUUAGUAAAGGAUUAUCAUUAGAUGAAAUUACAUAUACUACGUUGAUUAAUGGGUGGCAAUCGUCAACAUUGACAAAUCAAGAAUAAUCAUGGAACUUGCAUGAGGAGAUUUGGUUGUAGAUGAUAUGACAGCGUUCACUCAUAUCCUUACAGAUUCAAGAUAAGUCCUUGGAAGUCAAAUGGUUGCCGCACUUCCUUUUAGGUGCCUCAUGCUAGGUGGGACUUAUAAAGAUAGCAAUACAACUCAUACUCUAAACAGGGAUCUUGUGAUUGCACAUGGGGGAGCUACUGUGCAUUUUUUAGCCAUGGCUAGUUUUACAUCAUUGGCUGGUCGAGAUCAAUGACAUCAAAAGCAAGUAUGAUUUAUUGAUAGAUUCAUUUACAUGGCCCAGAAAAUUUUCUUUAUAUUGUUUUAAGGUAAUAUGCCAAUCAGAUAAACAUUUAAGUCCAGGAGUUGAUGUAACUGUACAGAACAAUAAAGCCAUAUGAUAGAAAACUCGAAAAGACAUUGGGACACAAUCUGGAUAUUCCUGUGAAUUGAAUUACCAGUAAAUGACAAGGCCAAGCAUCAACUAACAAUAUUGGUUGAAUUACAAGGCCAAGCAUCAACUAACGGGUAUCAUGUCAGUGUAGAUAACAAAAGCACAGUUGGAUGUAUCGAUAUGGCAAUUCACAUCUACGCAAUCUGUAGAUGUAAGGAACGGAAACUUGCAAUCAUGAAGGUGGAGUGCUUCUUUUAUAUAUUACACCAUUAUUCAUAGCCAUGAACUUUGAUAUGCUAUGUUUUUAUUCUUUACCUAUUUAAUAUAAAGAUACGAAAGUUCUCAUGCAGCAGUUCCAAAUAUUGGUUCCUUUUAGUCUUUUUUCUCUUACUUCCAUGUCUCUUUCAAGAUAUGAUUAGAUAACGCGAUAUGUUUGUACAAGUAAUUUCUCUGAAGUUGGAAGGUGAGUAGCACACAUUGGGUUGAAAAAUUGGAUCAGACUCCAGUGCAGCAACAGGCUCUGCCUUCAAUAUAGCAGAAACAGUCCAGGAGCCAUCACAUUAAGCACUUUGCCUUGGUUGAGCAUCAAUCCAGGUCAGUGGAACUCGAUCCAGUCAAUCAAAUUCAAGAAAUGAGCCUCAUUUGUUGCCUCUAACCACACUUGAACAUUAUUAGCAAUUUCCGAUAAUGAACCCUGCUUCAGUUCUUCAACCAUAGCCUCACCAACGGCCAAAAGACAAGACAUUAACUAUGAGAUUUGCCAUGGAGUUUUGGUAUUGACCACUGCCAAGUCUACUGCGUCCAUCAACUAACCAACCCAUCUUGCACGUUUCAUGGCACUCAUCAAUGGCAGUAGCCAUGAGCUUCCAGAUGCAGGCAGAGAAAUUGCAUCUCCUAGUGCAUGGCCGAACGUUAUGCAAACAGAAAUCCAGUUCUGAUUCUACAGAAACUAGUUUCCUUGGAAGAGAAUGAUCGGGGCUGUAUAAAUCUAGAAAACCGAAGCGCCGGUACUUAACAGAUGAUGCCAGGCUCAUUGGUGCUUUGGUUUUGAAUGAUUCUUCGAGCAAAAGGGUGGAAGAAAUUUAGGUUCUUGCGAGAGAGUUAUUGGGGGUAUUAAUGUUCGGGGAGCUGCGGUAGAAGUAGAAGUAUGUUACUGGGGAAACGGCGGAAAAGUAAGUCCAAGUUUGAGAGCGCGAGGAUGUGAGGUUUCGAAAAGGGACCCAAAGCUUUCAACAAUACUUGUUGCAUUAAAAGUUUAUUUCAAAGGCCAAAAAACUUAUUCCCACUCAAA